AUGGCGCGUCACCACCAGGCCCAUAAUUCUCCCCGGCAGCCUCGCGCCAACCUCAAUCCCUCGCAACCUCUCUCAGCCUCGUGGUUCAACGACUUCAAACCAGGCAUGGACUCCAGCAGCCGUGACGAGUUGGCGGCCAAGACGCCCCCACUCAAGCGUAGGAGGACCGAUGAAGACUCCUUGCGGCGUUCGGGGUCGCCCGAAGGCGACGACGGGUCAAGUCGCCAACAUCCCAUAACCCGCCGGAGGAGCUCCACGGACCAUGAAGUGGCCAACGGCAACGAAUAUGCUUCUUCGCGCCAUCGGCCCUCGCGAUCGCCAUCACCCUCCCGCUCUCGCUCACGACGCCGCCCAAGAUCACGAUCCAGCUCCAGCUCUCGGACGCGCUCAGAAUCCGCACCUCAGUCACGCACCAGAUCCCACUCCCGCCGCCGCUCCCCCUCCCCCAGCACCUCGGACCGCACCCGCUCCGAAUCAUACUCCCCGAGGCCGAGACAGGCGCCCACGCCGCCGCAAGAACCUCUCCGACCAGAUUACCGGCCCAAGCUCGUCCUACACGGCCAUACGCAGCCCGUCUCCCAAGUGCGGAUAUCGCCCAAUGGCCGCUUCAUCGCCUCGGCGUCCGCUGACGCGACACUCAAAAUUUGGGAUGCCGCGACCGGCGCACACAUGGACACUCUAGUCGGGCACAUGGCUGGUGUCAGCUGCCUCGCUUGGACCCCCGACAGCAACACUCUAGCUAGUGGCUCCGACGACAAGGCCAUUCGGCUAUGGGAUCGCGUAACCGGCCGGCCCAAAACGACAACCCGCAAGUCAAGGGCAGGCCAAGAAAUCGCCGCUUUGCGGGGCCACCACAACUACAUACACUGCUUGGCGUUUUCACCGAAAGGGAACAUUCUUGCCAGCGGAUCUUAUGACGAGGCAGUCUUCCUGUGGGACGUGCGGGCCGGGCGGCUUAUGAGGAGUUUGCCGGCUCAUAGCGAUCCUGUGAGCGGCAUCGACUUUUGCCGCGACGGAACGCUGGUCGUGAGUUGUUCGACGGAUGGCUUGAUCCGAGUCUGGGACACUUCCACCGGCCAGUGCCUGCGGACCCUCGUCCAUGAAGACAACCCCGCCGUGACGAACGUCUGCUUCUCCCCGAAUGGCCGCUUCGUCCUGGCCUUCAAUCUGGACAAUUGCAUACGCCUCUGGGACUACGUGGCCGGUACUGUCAAGAAGACGUACCAAGGGCAUCGUAACGAGAAAUUUGCCAUCGGCGGCUGCUUCGCCGUGCUUGACGGUGAGCCGUUUAUAGCGUCGGCAAGCGAGGAUGGCGAUAUUGUCCUAUGGGACGUCAAGACUAAGGAUAUCCUACAACGCGUGCCGGGGCACAAGGGAACUUGCUUCUGGGUCGACGUGCACGGCGAAACGAUGGCGAGCUCAGGGCAGGACAAUACCGUGCGGGUGUAUCGCCACAAAGGGAGCAGUAACGGAACGAACGGCAUGGUGGGUGCAACUGAAGGAGGACCUGAGGGGCUGCUUGACGAGUUGCCCAUACGGCAGGAAGACGUCAAGGUCGGGAACGUCUGAACAGUGAUGACUCUGAUGAUGACGACAAUCGACAGAAUAAUAAGAAUGAUCUUUAUCA